AAACAAUUCUGUUUCGCAGGUAAAUAGCGCAAAGGCAUCGACCGACAUACGGCAAUAACAGAACACGCUCAAGGAAAUAUAUUGAUUCGAUAUCGGGUAGGCUGAAGUUGUUAUCAGAAAAAUUUUCUAAGAGUAAAUCACCCGUUUCAGUAUAAACCCUCAACUUCCGUGAGUUAUCAACCCCCAAUCAAACCCAUACGAUGUCAGCGCCACCUCCUUACCCCGGGACCGAAAAGCAGGGAGGACCCCCACCCCCUCCUCCUCCGGGGCAGGGCGUCCCCCCUCCUGCAGGAUAUCAGCCUAUGUAUGGACAGCCGACAGCGAGCUACCAGCCAGGUUAUCAGCCGAUGAUGGGGCAUGCAAGCGUGACCGUUGUCCAUCAGCCAGGAAUGGUGAUUACGCAACAGUUUAGAGAACAUCCGGUCCGCACUAAAUGUCCGGCCUGUCAGGCUGAGAUCCUUACAUCAACCUCUUACGAAACCGGAACCUUUGCUUGGGUUAUUGCCCUUGUAUUGUGCCUGUUUGGGUUGUGGCUAGGUUGUUGCCUGAUCCCUUUCUGUGUUGAUGGCUGCAAAGAUGUCGUCCACAGCUGUCCGAACUGCCGACAUACCAUCGGAAAGUUCAACCGAAUGUAAAACCAGAGUCUGACCAACACGAAAUGACCACCAAACUAGAUUUUUAAUUUUGCCUUUUCAAACAACCGCGUUUUUUUU